AUGGUCGCCGUUAGCCAGAUACUGACUGAGGUUUCUCACGUCGUGAUUCGCGCUGCCGCCGCUGAAGACCCUUCGUCGACGACUUCUCAGGCCGCCGCCGAGACCACAACAGAUAACGGCAAUGACAGAAAAGACAAUGGAGGCGGGUCAAACUCGCCUCUUCUUUUCUUUGUCGCUUUAGGUUUUGGUGUCGUCUUCACAAACUUAUGGAUCAUCGUUGGUGUUAAAUACUGCUUCCGAUACAACGCCCGAAACCGACAAAUGCGAAUGAACGAGGAUGGCGAGCCUAUGCCCCUCGAAAACAUGCCUCGACCUCAUCGCAGACGUCGCGAGAAGAAAUUAAUGACUAUGGACGAGGUCAACGACAAGUUCCCGAUGAUGAAGUACAAGACCUGGGUUUCCGAUCGUGCAAAGGAGGGUCUUCCUACUACUGGCGGCGUUUCUGCACCUCCCACUCGACCUAACAGUAUUCGUGAGGCGGAUGGAAUCGUGCCAGACUUUUCUGCAAAGGUUCGCGACUCAACUGACGAACAACCGGCCACCAACGUACCCAAAUCGAAUGGACAGGGAGAGACCACCACUGCGAGCAACGCUACCGAAACAUCAGCACCCGAGAUUUCCAUUGCGGCCGCGGCUGCUGAGGCCGAAAAGUCAAAGGAGGCUCCCAAGACUACAACCGAUGGACAAACUCCAAAUGAUCAGCCUACAAACAACGCCCGGCUUCAGCGAGUCUCUAGUGAGGAUACCGAUGAUGAGGACGACCAUAUCGACGGCGCUCUGCCCCCCGAGUGUCUCGAAGGCCCCGGUGAUACAUGUGCUAUCUGCAUUGAUACACUUGAGGACGACGACGAUGUUCGCGGAUUGACUUGUGGACAUGCUUUCCACGCCGUCUGUGUUGACCCCUGGUUGACCAGUCGACGAGCUUGCUGCCCGCUCUGCAAGGCCGAUUACUAUGUUCCCAAGCCUCGUCCUGCCCCUGAUGCCAACAACGAGGCUGGUGCGAACAACGGAUCCAGUUUCGACCCCAGAAACAACCCAGUCUUUGGUAUGCCUGCUGCUCUUCGCUCUGCAUGGAUCAGAGGUUCUCGCAACGACAGGAACGAAACCCCAGCUCCUGCCAGUCGUCGACGCAGGACAGGCGACGCUCCAGCUGCUCAGGACCCUGCCCAACAGACUGAGCAGACCCAGCAGACCCAGCAGACCCAGCAGACACCGGAGGUUACUCAAACAUCAAAUGGCGGUGUUCUCUCAUCUAUGCGAGGUGCUUUACGAUUUGGUCGAAGGCGACAAGCACAGGACAACCAAAAUACUCCUGACAAUGUAACACCUUCACAACUUGAAGCGGCAAACCGAACACCGGCCGCCUCAUAG